AUGCGGGAGCAACAUCCCGAUGACCGACUCGAGACCGUGCCGAAGGCCACGUCGCAUACAGACCCGCAGCGGCGAGUCAUAUGUCAAGAUUGCCCUGGCAGGUUAUAUAGUGUCGGGCCAGGUGAAACCCUCAAAAACUUCGAACUGCACUUGAAGAAUCGACAGCACCGGCAAAGAGUUGCCGACCGCGUUGCAAACGCACAGACAGCCGGACAUUGA